GCCGCCCUGCCGGGGCAGCCCCUCCCCGCAGGCGGUCUCUCUCUCUCUCUCGUUCUCUCUCUCGCUCUCUCCCUCUCGCUCUCCCGGUCCGGGCGGCGCGGCGGGGACAGCGGUGCAGGGCUGUGUUCCCCAUGGCUCUGGCAGCCGCCCGAGCGCGGGCUCUGCGCGCCCUCAGCCUCCCGCGUCCCCCGGGCCGGGUCCCGCUGGCGGCGCGGAGCUGCUGCAGCCAGGCGGGGGUCCCCGGGGCGCUGCCGCCCGGCGGAUACCGGGCCUGGCGGGAGCGGGCGGCCCGCGACCCCGCCGGGUUCUGGGCGGACGUGGCGCGGGGGUGGCUGCGCUGGGACAGUCCUUUCCACACGGCCUGCCAGCCCGGCGCUCCCGCUGGUUCCGCCCGCUGGUUCCUCGGCGGCCGCCUCAACGUCUCGGUAAAUUGCUUGGAUCAGCACGUCGAAAAGUCUCCGAACAGAGUGGCUUUGAUUUGGGAGAGAGAUGAACCUGGCACUGCAGUGCAUGUGACAUACAGGGAACUUCUGGAUAUGACUUGCCGCCUUGCCAACACCCUGAAGAAAUAUGGGAUCCAGAAAGGGGACAGGGUGGCCAUCUAUAUGUCUGUGUCCCCCUUGUCAGUGGCAGCCAUGCUGGCUUGUGCCAGGAUUGGUGCUGUUCACACCGUGGUCUUCGCUGGAUUCAGCGCCGAGUCCUUGGCUGGGAGAAUCAUGGACUCUGGAUGCAAAGCAGUUAUCACAUACAACCAGGGAGUCAGGGGAGGCCGAACCACAGAGCUGAAGGCAACUGUGGAUGAAGCUGUGAAGAGCUGUCCCAGCAUCAAACAUGUGUUUGUGGCUCAGAGGACAGAUAACAAAGUCCAGAUGGGUGACUGUGAUAUUCCCCUUGACGAGGAGAUGACCAAGGCAGAUUCCAUCUGUGCUCCAGAGAGCAUGGACAGUGAAGACAUGCUCUUCAUGCUGUACACCUCGGGCAGCACUGGGAAACCCAAAGGAAUUGUUCACACCCAGGCUGGAUACCUGCUGUAUGCUGCUCUCACGCACAAGUAUGUGUUUGACUACCAGGAAGGCGAUGUUUUUGGCUGUGUGGCCGACAUUGGCUGGAUCACAGGACACAGCUAUGUUGUGUAUGGACCACUCUGCAACGGAGCCACCUCUGUCCUGUUUGAAAGCACCCCAGUGUACCCUGACCCAGGUCGUUACUGGGAAGUGGUGCAAAGGUUGAAAAUUAAUCAGUUUUAUGGAGCACCUACAGCAAUACGCCUGCUGCUGAAUUAUGGAGAAGAGUGGGUGAAGAAAUAUGACAGAUCUUCCUUGAAGGUUUUGGGUUCAGUGGGAGAGCCCAUCAACAAGGAAGCUUGGCAGUGGUUCUACCAGGUGGUGGGAGAAGGACGCUGUGCCCUCGUGGACACGUGGUGGCAGACAGAAACUGGUGGCAUCUGCAUUGCCCCACGGCCCUCAGAGGAGAAAGCUGAGAUUGUUCCAGCUAUGGCUAUGAGACCUUUCUUUGGGAUCGUGCCUGUGCUCAUGGAUGAGAAUGGAGAGGUUAUAGAGGGCAAUGAUGUGUCUGGUGCACUCUGCAUUGCCCAGCCAUGGCCUGGCAUGGCAAGAACAAUCCAUGGAGAUCACCAGCGCUUUAUUGAUGCUUAUUUCAAAGCCUACCCAGGUUACUACUUCACAGGGGAUGGUGCUUACAGGAGCCAGAAAGGCUAUUACCAGAUAACAGGGCGCAUGGAUGAUAUCAUUAACAUAAGUGGACACAGGCUGGGGACGGCAGAAAUAGAAGAUGCAAUGGCUGAUCACCCUGAGGUCCCUGAGACAGCUGUGGUUGGGUAUCCACAUAAGAUCAAAGGAGAAGGUGCCUUUGCUUUCAUAGUGCUAAAGGAGCAGACAGCUCGUGUAGACCACAUCAAAGAAGAGCUCAAAACCAUAGUGGCUUCCAAGAUAGCAAAGUAUGCUGUGCCUGACCACAUUCUGGUGGUAAAGCGCCUCCCUAAAACGCGAUCAGGGAAGAUAAUGAGAAGGCUGCUGAGGAAAGUAGUCACUGAACAAUCAGGCAACAUGGGAGAUGUGACCACACUUGAUGAUCCAGGUGUUGUCAAGGAGAUACUGGAUGCUUACCAGAAAUACAAGGAGAAGAGUUCCUCGUAACAGGUGGCUCUGGAAUUUGUCUCCUUCAGAAAUGUGGAAGGUCUCAAAUAACCAGGCAAACAACAUAGUUCUCUCUUGAUGUUUUUUUUAAAAACUGUUUCCUUCUAGGGGUACAAGAUUUUCCACUCCACAACAUUUUUUGAGAUGGUACAGGGCUAGCAGCAGUCUGCAGUUUUCCACUGUCAGUGAACUCCUUUUCCUUGCACUCAGGGCUGUUGUAGAGCAGAUAUUGGUGGCUUCCAUGAGCUAUGCUGAAAUGUAACAUGAGCUGAAGAAAGAUGCAGAUGUUAAUGUUCCUCUUUUUAAUAUUACUGUACCGGGAAAUGUUUUUUAUACAAUACUUCUUCUUGUUUUAAAAGAAGCCCUGGAAAACACUUCUUCAAUAUUUUCCUUCAGCUUGGAUAUCUGAGUCCAAGCAGCUGUAUUUCAAUGCAACUAUGGUGCCUUUUCAGUAAUUCUGUGUAUUCUAGAUGUUUCAUAUGCAUUACUAGAGACAUGAGAAGGACAUGGCUAGUCUGAUAAUUCUUCCUUGACUUUACCCAUUAUUCUAAUAUAUUCUAAUAUAUUCUAAUAUAUUCUAAUAUAUUCUAAUAUAUGUUUUUCCUCAAAUGGAUUUUUUCCUACCACAAUGUGCCCUGGGACUUCCCAGAGAUGGACAGCCUGUGACCCUUCAUGUCCCACCUAGGUAACCCAGCACCAGCACUUGCAGCUGCAAAAUGAGCCACAAAGCCCAUGACUGGACUUCCUACAUGUCCUCAGUGCAUUGCUGCCAUGCAAUUUACCAAAGAGUUAAGUGCCAUGUGGAUACCCACAAACUGCACAGUCCGCUAAAAGAAGUGCCUCUUAGAUGCGUUGUGGAAAGUGAUAGCAGCAUUCCAGACCAGCAGCCUCAGAACAGCAGUGAAGAAUAGCCUUUGUCUUUCCUGUGCUUUCAGAAUUGCGACUAAUGCAGACAUUGUUUUAUUUCUGGAUACAUUUUAUCAUGACCACAUUCCAGUUGAAGCACUCCUUAUAUUUGGGCUAUACAGAAGAAUUUGCUAGUAGGGUUACUUAUCCCCGAAUUUAACCCUAACACUGCUUUUUCCAGGGAAACUGUGUACUGGGAAGACAAUUUGUGCACCUAACUGGAGGCACGAAAGGAAGGAGGGAAAUGGGUAGGUGAUCUGUAAGACUGGGAAAAGGCAUGGGGAGUUUCUUGGCCAGAUGAGAUUCUGGUACCACAAUGGGAAAUAGGCUGCUUGAAGUAUGAUAUGUUCUCAAAGACAGGUGUGUUGGUCUUAGAUACCAGAGUUCCUUCAAGGACACCAGCUGCAUUUGCUUUUUAAGAAAAUUAUUUUAAAUGUCUCUAGGGACUGAAUAAUACAAUAAGGAAUACCAUGCUUUGUUAAAUAUCCCAUCCUUCUCACUGAAAUGCAUUUUCACAUAAGGUGAGUAGACACCCUGUGGACUUUCUGGGAAGUUGAAGAUCAGAAGGUUUGAAGGUUUGAUAGAGUUGACAGGAUGUUAAUAUUUUAGGACACUACCUUGUUGCCACUGCAAUAGGAAAAAAAACAAACCCACUCUGCUUCCUUAAAUAAUUUUCAAGUGGGAAGCAGACAAGAGUUAAUGUUUUUGACAGAAAAAGUAUGCUCCCUUGUUUAAACAAGUUGUCUCCAUGUAGUCUGAAAUAACAGUGUGGAGGAAGAAAAAUUACUUUUGAACACGAUUACACACUUUCCUUUUAAUCAAGAAAGCAUUUCUUAUAUUAUAGACAUAGAACUUCCUGUUCUUGUUGACCUGAAAUUUCCCUGUCUGUUGUCCCAGUGGUCACAGGCCCAUGGUUUAAUUCAUCUAAACUGUCUCACAAACACUGUCUGUAUGAGGAGCAAUGUGCUUUGGUGCAUUGGGACAUUAGUCAUCCAGUUCCUCUGCUCAGGAAAAAUGAGAGAUGGGUGCACUCCCUCCCCUGCUUCCCUGUUGUCUCAGCUUGCAUGGGCUUAGGGUCCAUGGCUGCUAGGGAGGUUCCAGGCUGACCAGCUUCCGAAGCACAAUAAAUUCACAGCUGUGCCAGCCGGGGUGCAGACAGAAAGUUGUGGAUGAUCCAUCCCUGAAAAUGUUAAAGGUCAGGCUGGAUGGGGCUCUGAGCAACCUGGUCGAGUGAAAGGUGUCCCUGCCCAUGGCAGGGGGGUUUAACUAGAUGAUUCUUGAGGUGCUUUCCAUACAAACCUCAUUUCCACAGCUGAGCUGUGGUGCUUGGGAUGUCCACCUGCUCAGAGGCCCCCAUGGGGUAUUCCAAGAGAGCACAUGGUGCUCCUGUGCUGCCCACAUGGUGUUUGGGACAGCUUGUGUUGGGCAGCCUCAAUCUUUUGGUAAAACUGCACUUCUGCAGGUAUCUCAGCACUGCCUCUUGGAGCUGACAGCCUGUGCCCAGCCCAUGCAAUAGCACCCUGAGUCUGAUAAAAACAGAGCUAGGCAGGGCUUAUGAACAGUGCUUCUAAUGAAAAGAAGGCACUACUCGGUGCUUUACUGAGUUGGCUACUUACAGAAAGCUUUAAACUGAAAUUGAAAUUUUACAUUUUCCUUCCAGAGUUUAAAGUUUCCAUCCAGAGAAGUCUCCAUUUUUUCUUUCUACCCACUAUCUCUGCUAACUGCAGCAGUUGCCUCUUCACUGCAAGCUUGAGUUGAGCUUUGCAACAACAGCACUGGUAUAUAGUGACAGUGCUUUCUACUUCAUAUGCAACAGGCUUGUGGCUCAGGGAAGGAUUCAGCCCACAGAAUUGGCACUGUUUUCCUCAGUGCCUGAAAUGCCAGGGAGGAGGAAGUCUGAAGAACCCCAGGCCUGCGAGGCUCUUAAGACAAGCUGAUCUUCUCCAAUCAGUGGCCAGAUAUCAGUGGGAUUGUGGGACAAAUUGGGGGACAGUUGCUUCAUUUAGAAAAGCAGAGCUGUUGAAUUCUUCUAAACCAUUGUGAGUUCAUGAGUGAUGUAUGGUUGUGUCAGAUUGCCUUUGUAGCUUCAGUAAAAGAGAUCCAAAGUAAAUUUUACAUAUUGCCAUUUAUUGCAAAGGGCUAGUAUGCUUUUGUUUCCCCGCUCAGUUUUGCCAGUAAGACCUGGUCAUGGUGCUUUUCCCCCCAGGUGGAGACACAGACCAUUAUUUUUCCAAUUCUAUAAUGGGAAAGCUCCAGCUGUCUAGAAGUAAUUUUUGUACAGUCUAAUGUUAAGCCUUUAAUUGAAUUUUGUUUACUUUUAAUCAUGCUUUAAGCACGUUUCUUGUCCUUGACCAAAACCAGUGUCUUCAGUGAUCUCUGUAUUCAUAUUUUCAAUAAAGGAAACAGGUAUGAUGGGUUGGCUUUCUUUUGUAGGUGGCAGACCUUCUAUCCUCUCAAGCGUCUGGGACUUUCUCAGUUCUCUGAACUUUCAAAGAAAGGCAAAGGAGUUUGAGAUCAGGAUGAAUUGUGAUCCCAAUUGCUGUUCUGCUUUGCUUCUUUUCUCUAAACAGUAGCUCACAGGAAAUGAGUUAAUACCAGAAAACUACCACUGCAAAAAAGGGCAAAGUUGAAGAACAUUUGGAUGUCAAUAAGCUGCACAUCUUGUAUAAAUCCUGAGAUCACGCUGCUUUACACUUCCUCAUGUGUGAUGCAAACAGAGAAUAAUGAGCAGGAAUAUUUAAUUACCAUUAGUUGAUGUGGAUAGUUCAGCUCCUUGCUUUGUGCACACCUUGCACAAGUAGAAAAGGAGUGAAAACAGGGUGUGUGUGGGCAACAUGAGAGACAGCAUUGUGUAGAAAGUGUAUAGCUGUUCCAGAGUCAAGCAGAUGAGAAGGAAUUUCUUUCCAGGUGCCUUGGAUCAUUUGUAAGUGUCAUGGAGUUACUUUACCUUUAAGAAAAGUUGAAGUUUC